AUGGUUCGCUGUGUUGCCAAACUGACAGACGAUCUCAUGGUGGAGAUCCUUUCUCGUCUGCCGACCAAGUCCUUUUUCCGGUUUCAAUGCGUCUCCAAGUCCUGGCUCGCCCUUUCCUCUGAUCCCUACUAUCAGAAUAACUUCCCUCGUGCUGCAUCUGGCCUCUUCGUCAAUGUCCCUUAUGGAGACAUGACCGUUUACAGGCAUCGGAGGCGUAUCCAAUAUAUUAGCCUCUCAAACAACGAUGACGAUCUUGCCAUCGACACCUCUCUCAGUUUCUUGCGCAAGUUAUGGAAUAUGGAGGUGAUCAGCUCCUCCAAUGGGCUGCUCCUCUGCCGCUCGUGGGUCCGAGAAAUCGACUCCAUAUCUCCUCUAAUCUAUGGCGACUUCCACGCUAUAUCCCUCUACGUCUGCAAUCCCGCCACUAGAGAGUGGGCUGUCCUCCCUGAAGAAGAUGAUAUCUACGGGUACCUUGCUUUGGGCUUCGAACCUCGCCUCUCCCACCACUACCAUGUCCUCCGCUUCGGCGGCGACGACGACGGGAUCCCUAGGUUUAGGAUCUUCUCGACUAGGACAAACCAGUGGGUGGAGAGCGAAGUCUCUUAUGGCAGAACGUAUAACAGCCUACAGGCUACUUUCACCAAUGGGAUUUUCUAUGUUGCAUACGGUCUAAACCAAGUCUGGGGAGUUGAUCCAGAGGGAAAGGUUUGCCACAGAAUCGAGCUGCCUGAGUCCGAUGGCAUGGACUGUCUGGACACUCAGGGGGUUAUUUGCAUUAUAUGCUGCGAAGCAAGGGUAAGAUAA